UUUCGAUUUGUUGAUUCUAUAAUCUUUAUUGUUGCGCUUUUGCAUUACUGGUUUUGCUUUGCAUUCUUGUGUUUUUGGCUGUGGAUUGGUGUUUAAUGUCAUAGCCUCAUAGGUUCAUGUGGUGUAGAUUGUAGACAUUAAUCUAAUGGAAUUUCUUGUGUACAAAUUUUUAUUUCCCCCUCCCUUUGCCUUCUGUCCCCUCUAUCUCUAAUUGGAAGCUUACUUCGAAUUGUCUGGCAUUAUUGCACAAAUCUCACAUAUACUAGCAACGUACAGUCUUUCAGAUCUUCAGGAGGUACAAGAAGAUAAUCUAAGACUCUAGCAAUUGAAAACACUUCAGGAUGAUCUCAAGGAUGACAAAUUUGUAGUCUCGUCUAGACCUUACACCAUACUAAGUGAUCAGCUCCAACAUUAGAACAUUGAACUGGAGCAGCACAAAGGGUUAAUAGAGUCCCUGCAGUUUUAAUUUCAGGCUGAUAGGACUAAUGUCCUGCGAAGGGAGAAGGAACCGAGUGCAAAGGCAUAAUCAGCAGAGGAUGCAAGAAGUUCUAUUAACACCGCUGAGGUUCGGAUUGAAGAGUUGGAGAUUCAGCAGCAAAAGUAGAACGGAUAUUAAAGCACAAUUCCAUGUAAUGGCUUCUGCUUUGUCUAAGGAAAUAGGGAUGAUGGAAGCACAGUUGAAUCGAUGCAAGGAGACAGCUCGUGAAGCCAUCUAUUUAUGUGAAGAAUCCCAUUCUCUGAAAGUUUUGUUAAGUAGAAAGAGCUCAGAUAAAACAAGAGAGCCUCCAAGGAUUGCUUACUCAAGGGGGACAAUCAGCUGCUUGGGGUACUGCUUUCCAGAUUGCCUUUGUUGUCAUAGUGAGGUAGACAAGAUGGCCAACCACAGAGAAAUGGAAAACAACGGAAACAAAUGCAAUCAAGAGAUUAUAGAAUUAUUUAUUUCACGAAAGAAGGUCGUUGCCUUAAUGAAGUUGAAUCUGACAAAGAGCAACAAGGGUACAUCCUCCAUGUAUGAUGCAUGGUUGCAUUUGGAUAAUUUUCACUUAAUUAGAUUUUAACUUGUGAGAAUGGAAGUUGAUUAACAGAUUUGAUGCAUUCAAUGGAUGAAUAGAUCAUGAAUGUUUUACUGUUA